CUCGAGCACGUGACUUUGUUCCGGCCUGCCAAAGAUGGCGGCGCCCAGAGUGGUAGCGUGAAAGUUGGUGGUGGUAGUCGCUACCUAUUUGUGCUGAAAUCAAAAAAGUGGGACCGUUCGCCAUGUCGCGACUGAUCGUGAAGAACCUCCCGAAUGGGAUGAAGAAGGAGCGUUUCCAGCAGCUCUUCACCGCCUUCGGCACGCUGACGGACUGCAGCCUCAAGUUCACCAAAGACGGCAAGUUCCGCAAGUUCGGCUUCAUUGGCUUCAAGUCCGAGGAAGAGGCCCAGACAGCGCUGAACCAUUUCAACAAGAGUUUUAUCGACACGUCCCGGAUCACGGUGGAGUUCUGCAAGUCCUUUGGGGACCCGACAAAGCCCCGAGCCUGGAGCAAGCAUGCUCAGAAACCGAGCCAGUCCAAGCCACCUCCAAAAGACAAAGACGCCAUCUCCACGGAAGCUAAGAAAGAUGACAAGAAGAAGAAGGUUGUAGGUGAACUGGAGAAGCUAAAAGAAGAUAAUGAGUUCCAGGAGUUCCUGUCAGUUCACCAGAAGCGGACACAGGUGGCCACCUGGGCAAACGAUGCCCUGGACGCUGAACCCUCGAAAGGGAAGAGCAAGGCAGACAAUGAUUACCUGAACUUUGACUCUGACUCAGGGCAGGAGAGCGAAGAGGAGGAAGAUGGGGAGAACUCGGAAGAGGAGGAGGAUGGCCUCGAACCCAAGGAACCCAAGGCAGCUGUGCGGAAGGAGCUGUCCGACAUGGAUUAUCUGAAGUCCAAGGUGGUGGCGGCUGAGUCACCAUCCUCGGAAGAGAGCGAAGAUGAAGCCGUGAACUGUGAAGAGGGGAGUGAGGCAGAGGAAGGGGGUUCCUUUGCUGCCCCCGCCCAGCAGGACAGGGAGGCAGCCCCAGCCAAGACCGAGAAACCAGCCAGCCAGAAGGAACCCACCACCCCCCACACUGUGAAACUGCGGGGCGCCCCGUUCAGUGUCACAGAGAAAAAUGUCAUGGAAUUCCUGGCACCUCUGAAACCCGUGGCCAUUCGAAUAGUGAGAAAUGCUCAUGGGAACAAAACAGGGUAUGUCUUUGUGGAUUUGAGCAGUGAAGAGGAAGUGAGGAAGGCCCUGAAAUGCAACAGGGAGUACAUGGGCGGACGCUACAUCGAGGUAUUCAGGGAAAGAAAUGUCCCCGCGGCCAAGGCACCCCUGAAGAAUGGUGCCAGACCCUGGCAAGGCCGGACGCUUGGGGAGCAUGAAGAGGAGGAGGACCUGGCCGACUCCGGGAGACUCUUUGUGCGAAACCUGCCCUACACCAGCUCCGAGGAGGACCUGGAGAAGCUCUUUUCCAAAUACGGUCCCCUGUCGGAGCUCCAUUACCCCAUUGACAGCCUGACCAAGAAGCCCAAGGGCUUUGCCUUCGUCACCUUCAUGUUUCCGGAGCACGCCGUGAAGGCCUACGCGGAGCUAGACGGGCGGGUGUUCCAGGGCAGGAUGCUCCACGUGUUACCAUCUACUGUCAAGAAGGAGGCCAGUGAGGAUGCCGAUGCCCCAGGAUCAUCGUCCUACAAGAAGAAGAAAGAGUCCAAAGACAAAGCCAAUAGCUCCAGCUCUCACAACUGGAACACACUGUUCAUGGGUCCCAAUGCAGUGGCCGAUGCCAUCGCCCAGAAGUACAGCGCCACCAAGAGUCAAGUGUUCGACCAUGAGACCAAGGGCAGCGUGGCCGUGCGCGUGGCCCUGGGGGAGACCCAGCUCGUCCAGGAAGUGCGGCGUUUCCUCCUCGACAACGGGGUCUGUCUGGACUCCUUCAGCCAGGCUGCCGCCGAGCGAAGCAAGACUGUGAUCCUGGUGAAGAAUCUCCCUGCAGGCACCCUGGCGGCUGAGCUGCAGGAGAUGUUCAGCCGCUUCGGCAGCCUGGGCCGUGUGCUCCUGCCGGAGGGCGGCGUCACGGCCAUCGUGGAGUUCUUGGAGCCGCUGGAGGCCCGUAAGGCCUUCCGGCACCUAGCCUACUCCAAGUUCCACCACGUCCCCCUUUAUCUGGAGUGGGCUCCGAUGGGCGUCUUUUCCAGUCCAGCCCCCCAGAAAGAAGAACUCCAAGACGCACCAGUGGAACCAGCGGGAACGGACAGGAUGGAGGCAGAAACAGAUGGUGAGACCCCAGAAGGUGAUCAGCCGACAGACGGAGUGGCACAUGAUGCUUCAUCAAAGAUGGAAGAGGAGGAGGAAGAGGAGGAGGAGGAGGAGGAGGAGAGCCUUCCCGGGUGCUCUCUGUUUAUCAAAAAUCUCAACUUCGACACCACCGAGGAGACGCUGAAGGGAGUGUUUUCCAAAGUGGGUGCGGUGAAGAGCUGCUCCAUUUCCAAGAAGAAGAACAAAGCAGGAGCGCUGUUGUCCAUGGGGUUUGGGUUCGUGGAAUAUAGGAAGCCAGAGCAGGCCCAGAAAGCUCUCAAGCAGCUCCAGGGUCACGUCGUGGACGGCCACAAGCUGGAAGUGAGGAUCUCGGAACGAGCCACCAAGCCGGCCCUGACAUCGACCCGGAAGAAACAAGUGCCCAGAAAGCAGACAACCUCCAAGAUCCUGGUGCGGAACAUCCCCUUCCAGGCUGACAGCCGUGAGAUCCGAGAACUCUUCAGUGACCGCCACCGGGGCUGUGGAGGAAAGGCGGAACACAGCUGGCCCACCGAGUUCCUCUCUCGUGCUCUCCCCCCCCCACCCCCCGACUCUCGUCUCCCCUCACCCAAGGGCGGGGUCACUGCAGGUUUAACUCCUGGUGGUCCGCAGUACUUUCCUAGAAGCUUCGAGCCCUAUCAUCUGCUCUUCACAGAGGCCCGGGAAGACGCCUGA